GGACUCCCCCGGGUCCUAAUGAUCCUAUGUUUUUACAGGAGGGAAACUUCGCUAUCCAUCCAGCUACAGCGAGAAAGUGUUUGUGGAGUUUGAUUCGCAUUCCUUUACACGUUAGUUGCUUGUUUGCCAAAGAGAAUACGGUCGUUUUAUUUGGAGGUUCCUAGUAAUCAGUUUAAGGAGCUGUCAAAGUCAUGUCCGGUAUAGCUUUGAGUCGCCUCGCUCAAGAACGAAAGGCUUGGCGGAAAGAUCAUCCAUUUGGUUUUGUCGCCGUGCCAACCAAAAACCCAGAUGGAACAAUGAACCUGAUGAACUGGGAGUGCGCUAUCCCUGGAAAGAAAGGGACUCCUUGGGAAGGCGGUUUGUUCAAACUGCGGAUGCUCUUCAAGGAUGAUUACCCGUCCUCCCCUCCAAAAUGUAAAUUCGAGCCGCCGCUGUUUCAUCCCAACGUAUAUCCAUCUGGCACAGUGUGCCUAUCAAUUUUAGAGGAGGACAAAGACUGGAGGCCAGCCAUUACAAUCAAGCAGAUUUUGCUAGGGAUCCAAGAACUCCUAAACGAGCCAAAUAUCCAGGAUCCGGCACAGGCGGAGGCAUACACAAUCUACUGCCAAAACAGAGUGGAAUACGAAAAAAGGGUCCGAGCACAAGCCAAAAAGUUUUCUCCAUAAACCCCGAAGAUUUUUGUCCGUGAAGGAAAGAACAUCGGACCGCAACCCUUGCAGUACUUCUUAUCCGCUCCUCUCAUAACCCUUAUCCGCUUUCCACUAAUUUCCAUGCAGGUGUGAUGGAAACUGAAUGUGCCAUUGUCAUGUCCAGUGACGCCCACCUAACCGAGCGCUCUGUCGACUCAUGAUUAAAAUUUGUCACAUGAAAAAUUCAUUCGUUCAUUGGCGGUCGUCACCGUCGCCACCUCUUGAAUCUGAAUCUGUCGUUCCAAGACUCCUGGGGUGCCACAGCUCUGCUAGAUUCUCAGCGUUUUCUCUCUUUUUUUUAUUUUAUUUUUAUUAAAAAAAUUUUCUUGCACAUUUGAAUCACAGGCGGUUCAGUAAUCAGCUAACGAGUUCGAGUGUGUUUGAUCAAAACAAAUCUGCAUUGCUGUGGCAUUUCUGUUCCCGAGGCCUCUCUCAUGAAGCACGAUUCUUUGGUUAGCUACCUAUCUAAUCUAAGAUUCCAAUCUAAACUCUGUGUAGACUGGCUCACAGCAGGCUUACUUCUCUUCUGUACGUUGUCGUUGUAACGACACGCCUCUAACUUUGAGGGGCCAGGCCUAUAAGUUCAGGUUUGCAGAUCGUAAAAGAUAAUUCCCAUAUUUUCCACAUUGAUCUCCUCCGAUUUUUCUCUCUUAGGUGGCCUUUCGCAGCUUCGUGGGUUAGUUUUCCUAAUUUCGGCCACUUAAGAUGAUUUGUGCAGACCUGAAAUGUUAAGCGAUUAGCCGGCGAUUAGGAAAUAAGGUGCCCUUUUCGGAUUCCAUUCCGAUUUCCUCCUCACGUUUCAGUCACUACAGCCCUGAGAGAACACGAGGGCACUUUUGCGUUAAAUCGACUGACAGCCUAAUAAAUGUUCAGGUGUUGCGUAUGCCACUUUUUGUAUAUAGCCGUGGCGAGGGUGAACAAGUGAACUCUGGUACUCGCAAGCACCGUGUUGUGCAGCUUGAUUAAGGACUGCACACUAUAUAGCCAAAAGUAUAUGGACACCUGUUUAUACUAUAUUGUGAAUAGGUGUGUUUAGGGAUGUUUUAUUUUUUUAUAUAAUAUGAAGUUUGUGGACACCUGACCAUCACCCGAUUCUUCCCUAAUAUGAUACCACAGUUGGACACACACAUUUGUUUUGGAUACCUGUUCCAGCAUCAGUGUCCCUGUGCCCAGAUUGAGCUCCAUAAAGAAAUGGUGUGUUAAAGUUUGAUUCGAGGAACUUGAGUGUCCUUCACAGAGGCCUGAUUCUAAAUGACCUCACCUCAGACCUCCUCACCUAACAUCAGCCUGAUCUCGCUUAUACUCUUGUAGAUAAAUGAUCUCGCAUCUGCACGACCGCAGUCCAAAUUCUAGAAGAGUGGAGUUUAUUAAAACAGCAACUCAUUAACGAUGCUCAUGCUUUUGAGAAUAAAUGAGUGUCCAGAUACUUUUGACCAUAUAGUGUGUGUAUAUUCAUAGUGUAUUUAAACCUUGUUUAGAGUUUGGUAGAGGUAAAGGGAAGACAGACAGACACACACACACACACACACACACACACCUCCUCUACCUUUCUGAAGCCCCACAAAAUGAUACACAUUGUAAUGAAUUAAAAGCCUUUUGCUGCCACAUCCUGUCUUGUGGUCUUAUCAGUGGCGUUAAUUAAAUAUCGCUUUAUAUUUUCAUAAAUUUUUUUGUGCAAAAUACAGUGCCUGAGCCCCCUUCGUGCUCCACGCAAACACGUGUGAUUGUUGAUCAUGAAAACUUGGAUCAGCAGAACGCAGUCUGUGGUGAGCAAAUCGAAAUGCAUCAGCGACACGUUUCCGUCAUGCACAGUCUAAUAUGUUGGAAACCCAGUUACCGUUUAACCUGCUUCGUGAGACAUUGCCCCGGUCAGGAGAUGAUGAGCACUUACGAAUAUGUCGUUUGUACUUGCUACAGCGCUUCAUAUGUGCAAAAAAAAAAAAAAAAGAGCACUGAAAAUUACAUCCACUUGCAACAUUAUGAUUAAACCAGAAGGCAAUUUUGUUGUGCAUCUGUUUGUUUGGGUUGUUUUUUUUUUUUUUUUUUUGGGUGGGGGGGAGGGAUUGGGGUCUUCUCCUUCCCUCUCCUUUUUCAUUCUGUGUCCUUUAUUCUCUCCAACAAUUUUAAUGAUGUAAGACACGCUGUUACUUAAAUGUCAGUAUUCCAACUGCUGUAAAAUGAUGCUUUUAUACUUUCAUGGUUUUUUUAAUUAGUGUCUAUAUUACUUUCCAUUCCUGGUGUGGGCAGUGUAGACAGCAUGUUGUAAUAUACAGUAUGAUAGAUUUUUGCUGCCUUGGCCAACUAAAAAUAAAAAAAAAAUUAAAUAAAAAAAUUAAUAAAGAUAAAAAAUAAAAAUAAAAAGCUUACUGAGUAUAAUAAAGAUAUACAGUGAUCUGUGUUGGUGUUUUUGUUCUUGUAAGUGUUUAGAGUAAAUAAAAUGUUUAUACAUUGCCAAA